AUGUUAGUAGAUGUUGCUCCUCCGACUGGGAUGGUAAGGAUUUUGCUGCAUCCCUUUCAGCCAGACUCUCGAGGGGAAACCUCCUCGGGGACUACAAGAAAUGUUGGUAUCCUUAGUGAUUCUCAGUGGUUGUCACAUAUGUCAAGUCCUCCAGCUCCUGCCUUAUUGGUUAGGUUGGGACACUGUACUCUGAAAGAAGAUCAGGCGUCUACUUCAGAAAAGGAUUGCUCUUACCUUGACAACCUAAUUGAUGAGGCUCUCGAUGAAGAGUUACUGAGUUUCUCUAAUCGGGAUAGAUGA